AUGACUUUCAGGCGCAGCCUUGCGCCGUUGGAAGCUCGCUGUGACCGCGCGCCCCGGCUACCCGCCGAGCGGCGGGAAAAGGUGGCCGGCCGGCCUGAUCCCGCCUGUCAAUCAAAUGCACUGAGCGAGUCUGUCUCCACCGGCAACCCGGGCAAGCCUGUCUCCACCGGCCACCCAGGCAAGCCUGUCUCCACCGGCCACCCAGGCAAGUCUGUCUCCCCCGGCAACCCAGUCAAGCCCGUCUCCAGUGGCAACCCAGGCAAGCUCGUCUCCACCGGCGACCCAGACAAGCCUGUCUCCAGCGGCAACCCAGGCAAGCUCGUCUCCACCGGCGACCCAGGCAAGCCUGUCUCCCGCGGCAACCCAGGCAAGCCUGACUCCAGUGAACCCACUGUCCUACUGCCCCCCCAGUACCCCCCUCCUACUGCCCCCACAGUACCCCCUCUCCUACUGAACUCCCAGUACCUCCUUUCUUACUACCCACCCCCACAGUACCCCCUCUCCUACUAUCCACCCCCACAGAACCGCCUCUUCUACUGCCCACCCCCACAGUCCCCCCUCUCCUACUACCCACCCCCGCAGAACCCACUGUCCUACUGCCCCCCCAGUACCCCCCUCCUACUGCCCCCACAGUACCCCCUCUCCUACUACCCACCCCUGCAGAACCCCCUCUUCUACUGCCCCCACAGUACCCCCUCUCCUACUACCCACCCCUGCAGAACCCCCUCUUCUACUGCCCCCCAUAUCCCCUCUUCUACUACCAACCCCUCCAGUACCCCCUCCCCUACUGCCCACUCAGUACCCCCCUCCUACUGCCCCCCAUAUCCCCUCUUCUACUACCAACCCCUCCAGUACCCCCUCCCCUACUGCCCCCAGUACCCCUUUUCCUACUGCCCACCCAGUAUCCCCUCUUCUACUACCAACCCCUCCAGUACCCCCUACUGCCCCCCAGUACCCCCACUCCUACUGCCCCCCAGUACCCCCACUCCUACUGCCCACCCAUGCCUGCCCAGUACCCCCACUCCUACUGCCCCCCAGUACCCCCACUCCUACUGCCCCCCAGUACUCCCACUCCUAGUGCCCGCCCAGUACCCCCACUCCUACUGCCCACCCCUGCAGUACCCCCUCUCCUACUGCCCCCCCAGUACCCCAUCUCUUACUACUCACCCCAGCAGUACUCCCUCUCCUACUGCCCCCCAGUACCCCCACUCCUACUGCCUCCCAGUACUCCCACUCCUAGUGCCUGCCCAGUACCCCCACUCCUACUGCCCACCCCUGCAGUACCCCCUCUCCUACUGCCCACCCAGUACCCCCACUCCUACUGCCCCCCAGUACUCCCACUCCUACUGCCCCCCAGUACUCCCACUCCUACUGCCCGCCCAGUGCCCCCCUCCUACUGCCCACCCAGUAUCCCCACUUCUACUACCCACCCUCGCAGUACCCUCUGUCCUACUGCCCACCCCCCCAGUACCCCCUCUUCUACUGCCCACCCAGUACCCCUUCUCCUACUAA